GUCGUCUAAAAGCAGAGGGGAGUCCUGCUGAAUGUUAAGUUCAGUACUGAGGGAUGCAGCUCUGAGCACAAGUUGCCGAGGUGGGAACAUUUUUGGCUGGGUGUUUCCUGUCAUCCCUGCUGUCACUGCUCUCAAACAACUGCUUCACUUCACCGACGAGGUCCGCCUUUGUGCUGCAGCCGGAUACCACCAGAAGCAAACUUUUAAAAAACUAACUUUUGGUUGGCGUCCUCCCGUUGGGUCCCGACGAGGAGGAUGGAGACGAGCCCCAUCCCGGUGGUGACGGUCCAAACCGCCCCCUUCGACGACCAGCGGCCCGGUACCAACGGGCUGCGGAGGAAGACGGCGGUGUUUGAGGGGAAGAAGAACUACCUGCAGAACUACAUCCAGAGCGUGCUGUCCUCCAUCGACCUGCGGGACCGGCAGGGCUGCACCAUGGUGGUGGGCAGCGACGGCCGGUACUUCAGCCGAGCUGCCACCGAAGUGAUCGUCCAGAUGGCAGCUGCCAACGGGAUCGGUCGUCUGGUAAUCGGACACAACGGCCUCCUGUCCACCCCUGCUGUUUCCUGCAUCAUCAGGAAGAUCAAGGCCAUCGGUGGGAUCAUCCUCACAGCCAGUCACAACCCCGGAGGCCCCGGUGGAGACUUUGGAAUCAAGUUCAACGUGGCAAAUGGAGGCCCGUCUACUGACACAGUGAUGGAGAGGAUCUACCAGGUUAGCCGGACACUGGAGGAGUACGCCAUCUGCCCUGAUCUACGCAUUGACCUGUCCAGGCUGGGAAGACAAGAAUUUGACCUGGAGAACAAGUUUAAACCGUUUAGAGUGGAGAUUGUAGACUCAGUUGAUGUGUAUCUACAGCUGCUGAGAAACAUCUUUGACUUCAAUGCCAUCAAAAGCCUUCUCACAGGACCACAUCAGGUCAAAAUACACAUAGAUGCCAUGAACGGAGUGAUGGGCCCCUAUGUGCGUAGGAUCCUGUGUGAUGAGUUGGGAGCUCCAGCUAACUCUGCUGUCAACUGUGUCCCUCUGGAGGACUUUGGUGGCCGACCUCCAGAGCCCAACCUGACUUACGCUACCUCUCUGGUAGAAGCCAUGAAAGGAGGUGACUUUGGCUUUGGAGCAGCAUUUGAUGCGGAUGGAGACCGGUACAUGAUCCUCGGACAAAACGGCUUUUUUGUGAACCCAUCAGACUCAGUGGCCAUCAUGGCUGCCAAUCUCUCCAGCAUCCCAUACUUCAGACAACUGGGAGUCAAGGGCUUUGCCAGGAGUGUGGCCACCAGCACCGCCCUCGACAGGGUAGCCAAAGCCAUGAAAUUGGCACUGUAUGAGACUCCCACGGGCUGGAGGUACUUUGGGAACCUGAUGGAUUCUGGGCGUUGUUCCCUUUGCGGGGAGGAGAGCUUUGGGACAGGUUCAGACCACAUUCGUGAGAAAGAUGGUUUGUGGUCGGUGUUGAUGUGGUUGUCCAUCAUGGCCGCCAGGAAGCAGGGUGUGGAGCAGAUUGUCAGAGAACACUGGGCCAAGUUUGGACGUAACUACUUCUGCAGGUUUGAUUACGAAGGCCUGGACCCACGAGCAGCCUUUUACCUGAUGAGGGAUCUGGAGGGAGUCAUCUCAGACAAAGCGUUCACCAGCCAGAAGUUUGCCGUGGGAGACCACAUAUACAGUGUGGAGAGGGCCGACAACUUCGAGUACAUCGACCCCGUGGAUGGAUCGGUGGCUCGAAACCAGGGUUUAAGGAUCGUCUUCAAUGAUGCGUCCCGCCUGGUAUUUCGGAUGAGUGGGAGCGGUGGAGGGAUGGGUGCCACCAUCCGAAUUUACGCCGAGAGCUUCGAGAGAGAUCCUGAGAGACAGAACAGAGAGACACAGGUGGUGCUGGGUCCUCUCAUAGCCAUCGCCCUGAAGAUCUCCAACAUCCAUGAGAGGACAGGGCGCCGCGGCCCCAACGUCAUCACAUGAGCAACCAGGAAAGCACACACUCUCAUGCACACACACAUGCAUCUAACUGCUCACACAGACAAAAAUACCUUCAAAUUAUUCAUUUCUGUACCUAUUUGCAUUUUUUAAAUCCCUUCUCUGUAGCUUCAUUUUUCUUUAAAGCAUGGGUGCUUAUCUCUCAGAAUCGAAAGCACGAUGUUCUCUCAGCUGUUUAUUGGCCACUAUCAUGUGUCAGCUAUCGAAAACAUAGAAUAUUCUAAAGCAGGGAGGCUGUUUAAUUAUUGCCAUGAAUGAAUAGUGAAAAAACAGCCAACAUAUUAUGAAUGUGCAGACUGACUGUUAAUGUUUGUGGCUUGUAGUUAUCAAGACUUAUUGACUAAAGAGCAUAAGAUCAUUUUUUAAUUCACCAUACUGCUUUUGUACAACAGUGCAGUCUUCACCUGUGAUAUUGCUUUUACCCGUCCUCUCAUGUCUUUUGUUUUUUUCAGCCACGUCUUGCAGAAGUAAACUUUUGUCUAAGUGUAAAAUAAAACAGGCGUUGCAUCACAACU